AUGCCUACCUGGUUUAUCACAGGAGCGUCCCGAGGUAUCGGCCUCGAGCUAACCCGACAGCUUCUUCAGUUGCCAGAUAACACCGUCUUUGCGACGUGUCGCGACCCAGCGCGAGCGACAGAUCUCAGAGCACUCGCGGAGUCGUAUCAGGGUGCGAUCCAUAUCAUACAGCUUGAUGUUGCGGAGGAAGAGAGUAUCGCGAAGGGGGCGGGGGAGGUUAUACAACUGCUCGACGGACGAGGGUUGGACUACUUGUUCAAUAACGCUGCGAUUAAUCACCGUGACUCAGCGUUCGCUUUCUCUUCCAAUGACCUGCGAGACACCUUCACCUCGAACGUAAUAGGACCGGCCCUCGUGUCGCAGUAUCUUCUGCAAGCUAUUGAGCGCAGCGAGAGAAAGGUCAUUGUCAACAUGACCUCGACCUUAUCGAGUUUUGCAAAAGACUGCGGUGCGAAAUCAGCGAGCUACAGCAUCAGCAAGACAGCUGUCAACAUGCUCACGUACAAACAAGCGAAGGAACGACCCGACCUCAUUCCGAUCGUGCUCGAUCCAGGAUGGGUAAAGACGGAGAUGGGAGGACAAGGCGCUCUCAUCGAGGCAGAGAAAUCUGUCCGAGGGAUACUCAAGGUUGUCACAGGGCUAACGACCCAAAGCGCAGGAAAGUUUCUAAACUACCAAGGGAAGGAGAUACCCUGGUGACCACGAACGCAUAGCACGCGCUGAUACGCCGCAGCGUUCUAUACCGAAUCAGCGCCGACGGCCGAACUCGAACGUUGGGUACAAGUGGGAAUUCAUUGUGCAGAACGAUAACCCGCGCCCAUGCUCUGGACUCGACAUGUCGAGAUGUACGAUAAUCAAGCUUCGAACGAGACACAGACGAUCAAGAGAUGGCCUGGAC